UUCAGCGUCCUUUAAGAGUAGAUUGCUCAUGAACUAACUUGAAAGACAUUUAAUCCCCCUCCAUACCUGGCUGAUACAUUACAAACAAAAUAUCUUGAAGAAGAAGAUUCCGUUUCUUUCAUCAGAGUUAUUAGGAUAACAUUAAAUACUCUUACUCUGAGGAUUUGAAAGGAAUGCUUAAACACCUGGAAACUCACAUAUUACUCCACAUUCUGAACACACACCCAAAUAUUUGUUUUGGAGAAGAUGAAGCCUGUUUCGGCUUUCUGCUGUUUCUGUCUUGUUGGAGCUGCAGUCCUGACUUCUGCAAGUGAAAAUGAGGCAGAGGAUUUUCUGGUUGAAAGUGCCAGUGAGCCCGCGUUUAUAUCUUCGUUUGCUCCAGAGUCUCAAAGCUCAAGCUAUAUGGUAGCUUAUCCAAUAGAAGAGAAAACACCAGAAGAUGAUGAGGACGUAGAACCCGCAAAAAAAUCAGUGCUUAGCAAAUUACAGGAUAAAGAUAAAAUUGACGAGACUCUACUUCUAUUCCUCCCCUCAGAAAAGGAGACUUCAUUGAAUAGAAAUAAUGAAAAAGAAACAAUGAUCACUGGCAUAAUUCAGACUAUAAAGACAAUCAUUCAAAAACUACCAAUUCUGUGGAGAGCAAAGAAUAAAACUGAUUUCUUCAAAGAUAAACAGCCAAAGGAAGAAAAUAUAAGAAAUAUAUUAGAUUCUCGACCUCAAUCAUUUCCUUUUUUUCAAAUCCCCAAAUCAGUUGCGAAAGAAAAAUCUGCAUCAUUACAAUUGCCUUCAUUUUACCUAAAAUCCAGCCCAAAACUUCAACAGCCAUAUAUCAAAAAUUCAUCAAGACAUCAUACUACUCCUCGAGCUUUAGAACAGCCUGAAAUUACAGAGCCAACUGCUUCGCUUUUGUUAAAAAAAGCGUUAAUCCUUGGUAAUGGCAUCGAAGAUGGCCGUAUGCAUGGACAUUUUGAUGGUAGUGAUUAUAUAGCUCAAGUUGUUAACAGUGGCCACAAUAUAAAAGUAAAUGCGCAGUUGCCACCUCACUCUCUUCAACCAGAAUAUACUUCACUUAAUUUUCUGAAAGAACAGGAAAAUGAACCAAUCAUUGUCCCGCUUCCAAGCGAAUACGACGAAAGGCCUACACCUUUCCACUAUAAUCAAAAACCUUUACUUCACUAUCCAAUGCUGUCGCCACGUUCAAGAACAACAGGCAGACCGUUUUCUUUCUCUUAUCCUCAAGCAUCUCUGGCCACACAUCCAGUUCCUCAGUUUCUUAUGACUCCAAAUGAUUUUAUAGCUCCUUCGAUCCCAAAGCCUUCCAGGAUGCUAAUGACUCAUCCUCUACCUCAUCUGUUGGCUCCCCAGCCAUUUACAGUGGCUCCCUUGCCAUCACCUAAUCCAUAUACUGUUUCAUCAAUUGGUCCUUUAGAACGAGUUAUGAUUCUAUUACAUUCCUUUCAUGUUCCAAUGCCAGUUCCUAUCCAUCCUCAAGCUCCAAUGCCCUUAAUUCAUCCAUCUUCCUUUGCAGUCUCUGCACCCAGUCCUCUCUCUCUAUCUCAAUUCAUCUAUGAUUAUUCACCAAUGGAAACUGAUAUGGAAGAACCCAUUUAUAUUCCAAGACAACCUCUAAGUAUACCACAGCAAAAUCCACAAUUCAUAAAACCACCAAUACCUAUUAGUUCUCAGUACUUCCCACUCACUGAAAUGGCCGAGUUUACGUCAACUCCUGCUCCUUAUUUUUAUGAACCUGCAAUUCAAAGUGAAGCUCUGUUUGUUCCCAUGGCCUCGAGUCCUCAUUUCACUCGUCAACAGAUUCUUCCGUCUCAUUCACUCCAACUAAGAUAUGCUCCACUUCCUCUGCUACAGGAACAGGAAAAUGAACGAAUCACGGUCCAACUUCCAAACGAAUACAGCGAAGAGCCCAUGCAUGAACCAAUACCUGCAGAAAAGCCAUACUCGAUGUCAAUACAAUAUAAUGAUCCUGAGCAAGAGAUUGCAAGCCUAUUCUCUCAUCCCUAUGGACUAAUCGCACAGAUACUACCUACAUUAAAGCAGCAGACAGUGAAGAAAGAACCUUCAUUAGUGAUGAUUAUAUAUGAUGACGACCAGAAAAGUCCUAGUCCCCAACCCAAACCUAUAUUUGAAGAAAAUGAACAUGUCUCAAAACUUUUUCCCCGAACCGAAUCUUUCAACAAAAUGAAACUUUUUCGAGAAAAUAUAAUACAGAAACAAGCUAUUCUGACAGGAAUACGGUACAAUGAACCAAAAAAAAAACAACAAAAAAAAAACUCUCUUCUCCACUAGAAGCAAAACGUCGCACAAUCCACCUAACUACUUCCCUCAAUCUCCACACACUUAAUACACCGUUAUUUUGAGUCCAGAUGAAAGUUCGCACGUCUUUAUUAAAAUCUUAUUAUUUUAGGAAUAAUUACACAACUUUCUUACUU